AUGAGCACCUCGGAUGCACGGUACCUCCAGACAUCUCCUGAGCCCUCGCUACGCGCAGAUGCGCGAACGGAGCUCCUAGAAUCGCUGACACGAAUCAAUGCGUACAACCCACCGGUACAGACGUGCUCGACAGGGUGGAGCUUCGGGGGUCUGUACCAGGGGCCGACAUCUGUGGCGUAUCUAUUCUACCGGCUGUGUCAGAUCUACGGUCCGCAGUUUAACUUCAAAGGCCAGUCACUGCUUGACUGGGCUCAAGCGUAUCUCGACCUGGGGAUAUAUGGCAAACAGCGCCCCGUGGACGCGAACCACUGUGGUAUUGCAGCGGAAGUUCUCGCGCAACUUGCGCUGCGUGCCGUCAUCGAGGAGGACCCGAGUCUCGUGCAGAAGCUUUGCUCGUACGAAGGGGUAGUGAAUGGAGAUGCUGCCGGCGAGGGAUCCAAUGAAUGGCUCUACGGCCGCGCCGGGUAUCUAUACCUGCUCCGUGUUGUCCGUGCUGGAUUCCAAAAGGACGCCAAAAUCUCGACCUUGGUCAACAAGACCAUCCAGACAACGGUGCACCGAAUCUUGACUUCGAAGCAACCCUGGACGUGGCAUGGGAAGCAAUACCUUGGCGCCGCACACGGCACAUUCGGGAUCAUCUGCCAGGUGGUGCUAUCAUUCCCAAGCUCUGCGUCGUCUCUAGAACCCCUUCUCCGUGACCUGCUCGAAACACAAUUCCCAAGCGGCAACUUCCCCUCCUCGCUACCGGCCGGCUCCGACAAACUGGUGCAAUUCUGCCACGGUGGGCCUGGCGCAGUGGUGGUCUUGCGGUCGAUACGACAGUAUUUCCCAUCUUUGCAAAACCAGAUCGACGAAGCCGUAUCCGCAGCACAACGCGACCUGUUCAAGCGUGGCAACCUCACGAAGGAACCAUGCCUCUGCCACGGAGCUUCAGGAAAUGCACUGGCACUAGAUGACGAUGCACAGUUUCAACAUCUCAUGCUUUUCGCGACAAGUAAGGCCCUUGAGUCCCAUGGAUGGCUUGACGAGGCUGCAAAAAGUGAUGGGUUUGUUGGCUUGUUCACCGGAGAGGCCGGACGGGCAUGGGCCUGGGCGAUGGCUGACAACGGACUGGAGAAGGCUUGCAUUGGCUUCAACGAUGUUUGA